AUGAACAGUUACAACACCGCUCACAAGUUCCGCGACUUCUGCUGCGGACCAGGAGAUCAACUUGCACUCGAGGAACAGAGACCUGCACAGCGAUGGCGGUGGUCCGAGGCGGUGGAUGAUGAUUUAGAUGAUGUGAAGGAAGUCGAAGUGCAGAUGGUCAUCAACGAUUACACCCACGACGGGCAUGACGAGCACGACGAGCACGACGAGCAUGACGAGCAUGACGAGCAUGACGAGCAUGAGCAGAUCGAGACUGAGAUCGAGCCACUCGAGCCACUUCCUAUUCGAUCUAUCCCGAAGGCCCCGAACGGUCCACUGCCACCUGGACAGGCCACAGGGAUCGCAGGGGCCGGACGGCCCAUCCAGGAGCUCUUCCAUGAGACGGGUCAGUGGCGCAGGGAGCACCGGAAACAACCGGCACGACAGGCGGUCAAAGCACCAAUUGCAGACGGGCCGGUCGUGGAAGGGCCAUUCUGGUGUAAGCUCCUUGUUCCCAGCCACUUUGCAGGAGGAUUGAUUGGAACGGGUGGAAGAGUCAUGGCCGACUUUGAAAAGCAAACCCAGUGUAACGUGCGCAUCUCUCCUCCGAAUGUUUGCUUCCCAGGCACGCAAGAUCGAAUGCUUGCGAUUGGAGCACCGGAUAUCAAAAGCCUUCAAAAUGCCAUGGAGAUGUUGCUGAAAAACAUGAGAGAGAUCAACACAAAUCAAAAUGGCCAACACUUUGUUCUCAAAAUGCCGGCCCCCAAAUCCGCAGUAUCCAAGAUCAUCGGCACCAAAGGGGGCCAUGCCAAAGAGAUUGCACAGCGGAGCGGCUGUCGCAUCAGUAUCUCCAGAAGGAUUGAAGGCAUUCAAGAGCGAUUGGUGACCCUGAAGAUCGUGCUCCAUACUGUGGUAAGUCAUGUACCCAGUCAAGUACUCGAGGAGGAUGGACUUAUUGAUGGCCUCAUUGAGGCUGCCAAAUUGAUUGUCGAGAUGAUGCAAUACGACCCUCAUCUGCCUGAGCACAUGCACUUCAGCUAUCACGUCGAGUUGCCCUAUGGCACUUGGGAUUGCAAGACUGGACCAAGCGAGCCCGACACCAAGCCCUUGUCACCAGAGGAGGCUAGCCAACUCCCCAAGCGGGCCAUUGUGGAAAACUUGCAGAAGGCCGCGCCGCGAGAGAUCUUGAUACAACACCGGCUGCUUGGGAAAAUGAAGAAGACUUUGAAGGCAAAGACCCACGAGCAAGUCAUGGAGGCGGUGAAACAAGUCUGGCAGACUUGGCAGAUGCGGCACCCGGGCGAAGUUUUCCCGGAGCGCCCCGCGGAACGCCCUGCAGAACGCGCCGCGCCAGAGCGCAGCAAUACCAAGAGGGAGCGGAGCGCUGCAGAUGCGGCAGGCAUGGCCUUCAUCUAUCCGGCUGGGCCGCUUCCAUUGAGAGGUCAAUCUGAGGGUAAGGACGAGGAGAAGAAGCAGGACGAGGUCGAUGACAGCUCGCAGUCCACCGACACACCAUCGCCUUAUUAUGGCAGUGGAAGCCAGGAUGAGGACAUCAUCCAGUACCCAAGCAUUGACAGCAACUUGCAAGGCAUGCUUGAUUUCGCGAAGUCGUUUCUGGAUCUUGUGCUAGAUCAAGCCAAGACAGGAUCCAAGGGAUCCAAGAAGAUUGAUUGUGGAAACGACAGUCAAUCUGAGGGUAAGGACGAGGAGAAGAAGCAGGACGAGGUCGAUGACAGCUCGCAGUCCACCGACACACCAUCGCCUUAUUAUGGCAGUGGAAGCCAGGAUGAGGACAUCAUCCAGUACCCAAGCAUUGACAGCAACUUGCAAGGCAUGCUUGAUUUCGCGAAGUCGUUUCUGGAUCUUGUGCUAGAUCAAGCCAAGACAGGAUCCAAGGGAUCCAAGAAGAUUGAUUGUGGAAACGACAGCUUUCUUGCAACAGGCUUCAUGAAGCUCAUGAAGGAGGUAAUGAACGCCGACGAGGAGGACAGACCGAAAAUGAUGCAGAAACUGCUGAAUGACGUGAAUCCGAGGUACUUGAACGGCGUGCACUACACUGAACAAUCCUGA